GAAAAUUGAUCGAAACUGCGACACGUUUUUUCUUGACCUGGCAGUUAGUUAGUUUGUAGUGAAUUGUUUUUAGCGAAAACAUAGGUGGAAGCUAUUUGGCCAGUUGCGCGUGAUUUUUGUGCUCGCGGUUUAGUGAGUCGGAAGAGUUUGAGUGACCGUUCGGUUGUUCCGGUUAGGUGUACCGGGUUGAGCUCAAUUAGAGCGGUAGGAAAGAAAAAGCCUUCAAAUAGCCGGUGAUAUCCGACGGUUUAGGGUUGCCAGAGCUAGAGCUUAGGGUAAACGGCGAAACUUAUUUUCGAGUUCGUUCGCAUACAACGUACUACGGAACAGUUUUUAUUUCCCACAAAUCUCGAAAAUAAAGCUGCAACGAGCAACCUAAACCUGGAACCGAUGAUGGAAGGCCCUACCGGAGAGCUGUUCAACUGCGUGACAUGUCGCCGCCCGGAUUCAGCGCAGAGCAUGGUCGCUUGUGACGAGUGUUCGCAAUGGCAACAUUAUGGAUGCGCCGGUGUUACGGCUACCAUAGCCGAUCGAAGCUGGCUCUGCUGCAGAUGCGUAGCUAGUCACAACGCAGUUAAUUCGACUCAAACCGGCAACAUAAACUCGCCCGAAGCACACACAACGUUUGCUUCAGCUCGCGCCGCUGAACGUCAUGAUAAUACCACCGGUCCAAUAAGAGGGAGACAGGACGAUCCAAAUUUCGGAAGACUUCAAUCCUCGUCUAAUUCGAAUGCCGGAUCAGUCGUCUCAGUCAAUGCUAUUGCUCAUCUUCGUUUAAGGCACCUGAAAGAGCAAAAGGAUUUGGAGGAUCAAAAAGCGGAACGGGAUCGCGAGUUUCUUGCUAGAAAGCAGCAGCUAGAAGCAGAAAUAGCUUUGGAAGAGCUCAAUGAAGGAUGUGAUCGUAGCGUAGGAGGAAAAAGUCAUCGAAGUAUCGCCGGUUGGGUGGAACAACAAUGCGGAUUCGUGCAUACUUCUACCCCAGUCCAGCAGAAACCCGAGACAGUGGCUCCAAGUGCGAACCCACAUCCCGCCAUCCAACAGCGAGAGGAGCGGCAAAGAAUGCAAGCAAUAAUUCAAUCAGGUCAACAGAUUCAACCAAGCACUGCGCCAAAACAAGCAGAGAUUCCAGUAAGAAAUCCUCCCCCAGCUAUAGCACCGGGCCCAAGGAGCAAUUAUCUUGAUUCGAAUCCACGUUUUCCGCCAGUGGCUCAGAAUCCAGUUCCACCUGUACCAGUGAAUCCGCUAACAUUGCCACCGCCGAGCUCGUCGCAGUUCCCUGGAUUUCCAGUGAUGAAUAACCCCUACGGGACGAUGUAUUUUCCAAAUAUUCCUGACAUACCGUCAUCUGGUGCUGAUUAUCAGUUUGCGCACCCUCAGGGAGGAGUCUUUAUCAACAACCCAGUCAGGCAUCCGAACUUUGGUUUGAAUGUACAGCCGUGUGCUUGGCAAGCAUCCGAGCAGCACCCGCCUACAGUUCCACCAACAGUGUCAGCAGAUUUGGGUAAAGGAUUUCCUCAUGCUACAGGUCGCAUGAUUACGCCACAGCAACUGGCGGCGCGUCAAGUUGUCUCUAGAGACCUCCCCAAGUUUUCCGGGGACCCACUCGAGUGGCCCAUGUUCUUGAGUGCAUUUGAAUCGACAACGGCCAUGUGUGGCAUACAACCCGACGAGAACCUUGCUAGGCUACAGAAAAGUCUUGUUGGUAGCGCUCGCGAAAAGGUUCAGAAUAUUCUAACGCUGCCGGAUGCAAUCCCGGAAAUUAUCGACAUCCUACGAGCCGAGUGUGGAAGGCCAGACCAAAUUGUAUACUGUCUGCUAUCCAAGAUCCGGAAAACCGCUCAGCCGUCUGUGACGAAAUUGGAGACGCUUGUGACGUUCGGCAGAGAGGUACGCAACAUGGUGACGUACAUGCAGUCAGCGAAACUGAACACCCAUUUGGACAAUCCACUAUUGCUGGCAGAGCUUGUUGCUAAGCUUCCACCCGACUUGCAGCUACAAUGGGGUAUGAAGUUAGCAGCUCUUCCGGAACCAUCGCUUGGCGAUUUCUGUGCGUUUGUGUCGGCUUAUCGAACAGCGGCAUGCAAGGUGAAAUUGACGUCGGAUGUUGGUCUGAAUGAAAAAGCCACAAAAGGUGUUGUGAGAAAGGAGAAGCCAGUUUAUUUGAACGCACAUUCCGCCUCCGUGUCCUCAGCGCCUGGACCACCGGCUUCGAAAGUUACUCCGGUGCUAAAGCCGUGCCUGAUGUGCAAAAGUACAACGCACAGAGUCCGAACUUGUAAGCAGUUCGAAACGUUGCCGCUCGAAGAGAAGCUGAGGUUCAUCAGUGAAACGGAUAUGUGUAAGCGUUGUCUGGCGCCGCAUGGAAGGUGGCCUUGCCGAAACAAGCAGCCUUGCGGGAUCAAUGGAUGCCCUGAGCCCCACCAUAAACUGCUACAUCCAGGAAGUUGUUCGACUCUCAAGAGUCAAGGAUCGGAAUCUUCGGUAUCGGUAACUGCCCAUCAUCAACACCAGCAAGGCACCACUUUCUUCAAAAUACUUCCCGUGACUCUUCACGCGAACGGGAAGUCGGUGUCCACAUUUGCUUUUCUGGAUGACGGAUCCGACCUGACGCUGGUCGAAGACGAACUUAUCGACGAACUGGGCUUGGUGGGCGAAAGAAUUCCGCUUUGCUUGCAGUGGACUAGUAACGUCACGAGAAGUGAAAGUAACUCUCGUAAGGUCGAGAUAGGUAUCUCGGGUGCUUCGAACAAUCGCAUCCAUCAGCUGGCGAACGUAAGAACCGUUGAGAGCUUGGAAUUACCGAAGCAGAGCCUGGAUUAUGAGAGUCUCUCGAACCAAUUCCCCCAUCUGAGUGGACUUCCCAUCAGCAGCUACCGGACGGCCGUGCCACGAAUUCUUAUCGGUGUCGAUAAUGCCCAGCUCAACUUAGCUUUGAAGAAGAGGGAAAGAUCCGGAGGAGAACCUGUUGCUGCUAAAUUUCGCCUCGGAUGGGCAAUAUUCGGUGGAAGACGAGCACCUGAGACGAUAGGUAGUGCUUUUGUUCACGUCUGCGAGUGCUCCAAUAGCCGCGAGCUCCAUGAAAUGGUCCAGCAGUAUUUUGAAUUCGAAAACCUGGCGAUAUCCGGAUUGAAUCCGCCCGAAUCCGAUGAAGAUCGACGGGCCAGAAGAUUGCUCGAAGAGACGACAGUUCGUACACCAUCCGGAAAGUUCCAAACUGGAUUGCUUUGGAAAAGCGAUGAGCCGGUUUUUCCGAACAACUUUAGCAUGGCAGUACGUCGACACGGUUGUUUUGAAAGGCGCUUGCUGAAAGAUCCCGAACUGAAAACUAAUAUUGACAAGCAAAUCGACGAUUAUCUGCAGAAGGGGUACGUUCACAAAGCGACGUCAGACGAGCUCCGCAACAGUGACGACAGAAAGAUUUGGUACCUGCCAAUCAGCGCAGUGCGACAUCCACGCAAGCCAACGAAGGUGCGUGUAGUCUGGGAUGCUGCGGCAACGUAUGGAGGAACCUCUCUGAACUCCCAGCUUUUGAAAGGGCCGGAUUUGGUGAAGCCGCUUCUAUCUGUCCUCUGCCGAUUCCGACAGAAACAGUAUGCCAUCGCUGGGGACAUAAGGCAAAUGUUCCACCAGUUGAUUAUUCGUCCGGAAGAUAGGAACGCACAACGAUUUUUGUAUCGGGAAAAUCCAGAAGCUGCGCUCGACGUGUACAUAAUGGACGUCGCAACGUUCGGGGCAACAUGCUCCCCGUGUUCAGCACAGUUUGCUAAGAAUAAAAACGCCCAGGAACAUAAAGAUCGUUAUCCGGAAGCUGCUGAAGCAAUCGUUGACAACACAUAUGUUGACGAUUUUCUUGCGAGCUGUGAUACCAUUGAAGAGGCAACGAAACUGGCUUCGGAAGUGAGUUUGGUCAACCGAUCGGCUGGUUUUGAGAUACCUAGUUGGCAGUCGAAUUCCGAACACCUCCUGAAACGGGUUGGGGUGACUACUGGAGAUGAGAUGAAGAGCUUUGCCAUCGAGAAGACGACAAAAACCGAAAGAGUCCUCGGUAUGAUGUGGGUACCGAGUGAAGAUGUGUUUGUAUUUUCGGCGGAUUUCCGAACAGAUCUACUCCCGUUGCUGUCUGGGGAAACGCGACCAACAAAGCGGCAAGUGUUGCAGGUGGUCAUGAGCCUUUUUGACCCGCUCGGAAUUGUGGCCUGCUACACCAUACACGGGAAAAUUCUCAUCCAGUCCAUCUGGCGUUCGGGAAUUCUGUGGGAUGAUCCUAUCUGCGACGACGACUUUGAUAUGUGGCAGCGCUGGAUCAAACUGACACCGAAGUUGGAAAAUGUAAGAGUGCCACGUUGUUAUUUCCCCAACUACACUACCGGCAGCUACAAUUCACUUCAGCUGCAUGUGUUCGUGGACGCCAGUGAGCUGGCCUACUGUGCUGCGGCCUAUUUUAGAAUCGUUGACGGAGAUACUCCCCGCUGCGCUCUGGUGGCAGCUAAGGCCAAAGUUACACCUUUAAGACCACAAUCCAUACCUCGAAACGAGCUGGGCGCUGCAGUGAUUGGUUCUCGGUUGCUGAAGUCUGUAGAAGAAAGUCACUCACUGCAAAUUACCGAAAAGUUCCUGUGGACCGAUUCUUCGACUGUUAUGGCCUGGCUCCGUGCGGAUCCACGAAAAUAUCGCCAAUUUGUCGGUUUUAGAAUAGCAGAAAUUUUGACGAAUACUUCGGUGGAAGACUGGCAGUGGGUUCCUUCCCGUGACAACAUAGCCCGUGACAACAUAGCCCAGGGUUAAACCCUAUGUACGACCGUUCACCUUCACAGGGCUGGACUACUUCGGACCACUGCUGGUCAAACGAGGACGUAGCGACGAAAAAAGGUGGGUCGCGCUUUUCACCUGCCUCUCGGUGAGGGCGUUGCACCUAGAAGUGGUGCAUUCUUUAUCGGCAGAAUCCUGCAGGAUGGCAAUUCGGCGGUUUGUCGCUAAGCAUGGUCCUCCUCAAGAGAUAUUCAGCGACAAUGGGACGAACUUCCGCGGGGCAGCCCGAGAGUUGGAAGAAGAAACUAAUGCAAUCAAUAAGGAGUUAGCGAGCUACUUUACCAACAGCCAUACACAAUGGCACUUCAACCCCCCUUCUGCCCCCCAUAUGGGCGGGGUUUGGGAGAGGAAAGUCCGGUCCGUGAAGGAGGCGUUCAAGACUCUCUCGCACCAUCAAAGGCUAGACGAUGAAGGACUGCGAACAUUGCUCUCGGAAGCAGAAUUGAUAGUCAACUCCCAUCCGCUGACGUUCGUGCCGCUGGAGGAUCCCAACGAAGAAGUGCUGACUCCAAAUCAUUUCCUUUGGCUAAGUUCCGGCGAGGACAGCAAACCACCAAGGGUACCAAUCGACGAUGUUACACCUCUUCGACCAAACUGGAAGGUUAUUCAACACUUAACAAACCAGUUUUGGAAGCGCUGGGUGCAAGCUUACCUACCUACUAUAGCCUGCAGGACGAAAUGGUUCGCGGAAACGCGGCCGCUGAAGGUCGGCGAUCUAGUGGUCAUCGUAGACGAGUCCGUGCGCAACGGAUGGCUCCGAGGUAAGGUGGUGAGGACUUAUCCAGGACGAGACGGACAAGUUCACAAGGUCGACGUGGAGACUUGCGACGGAUCUACUCUUCAAAGACCAGCGGUAAAGGUUGCUCUGUUGGACGUGCAGGAGGAGAGUAAAGUCGUUUGACUACGACGUUACGGGUUGGGGUGUUAGUAGAACUGGCAACCUUGGUACGGGAUCGGACAAACGUCAACGCGUUGGCGCCGAAAAAGAAUUGUCAUUGUUAGAAAAUUGAUCGAAACUGCGACACGUUUUUUCUUGACCUGGCAGUUAGUUAGUUUGUAGUGAAUUGUUUUUAGCGAAAACAUAGGUGGAAGCUAUUUGGCCAGUUGCGCGUGAUUUUUGUGCUCGCGGUUUAGUGAGUCGGAAGAGUUUGAGUGACCGUUCGGUUGUUCCGGUUAGGUGUACCGGGUUGAGCUCAAUUAGAGCGGUAGGAAAGAAAAAGCCUUCAAAUAGCCGGUGAUAUCCGACGGUUUAGGGUUGCCAGAGCUAGAGCUUAGGGUAAACGGCGAAACUUAUUUUCGAGUUCGUUCGCAUACAACGUACUACGGAACAGUUUUUAUUUCCCACAGGA